AUGAGGACUAUCACAAGUAGGGACACAGAGAUAAAAUUGAGAAAGACAUUCGCUAGGUUUGGCCUACCGGACACUGUAGUGACAGACAAUGGUCCAUCAGUUGUUUCGAAGGAGAUGGAAACAUUUUUCCAAAGGAAUGGAAUUCAGCAUCUGACUUCACCACCAUACAACCCAGCAAGUAACGGAGCCGCUGAAAACAUGGUUCGAACAUUCAAAAAUAAACUCAAAACAGCGUUAGCAGAUCCGUCGAAUGAAGGAGUACAGCUACAUAUACUUGUGUCCCGUUUUCUAAUAAAUUACAGAAAUACAGAUCAUUGUUCAACAGGAACAUCAUUCGCACAGCUGAUGUUCGGACGCCCAGUCAAAAAGAGGUUGAGCAUUUUACAAAAGAGAAUCAACAGACCACAAGAAGAGACAAAUGUUACCAAUGGAAGGCAGGAAAAACACAUUCCUGGGAGGAAGAAGCUGAAAAACUUCGAAGAGGGAGAGGAAGUGUGGAUUAAGGAUUACAAGACAAAGUCCGUGAGCAAAUGGGACGAUCCAAAAUAA